GCUUGCUCAGGACAGCCCUCCCCAGCUGCCGUCGGGAUGGAGAGUGUGCGCGAGCUCCAGAACCCGCUCUUGGCCAAGGCCAACGGGCACCUUCACAGCAGCUAUUCCUACCACCAGCAUCACAGCCAGGACUACCCCAGUCAUCGCUGCCAGGGGAAACUGUACUCCUACAUCUUCCAAAACACUGGCAGUGCCAGGACUCACCAGCUGCUGGAUGCCAGUUCUCUGCAGCUGGCUGUUGAAGCUUUAUAUGGGCCAAAUUUCAUCCUUGUGAAGGAUGAGACCCCUCUCAAGGCCAAGGACAGCAAGACAGAGAGCUGUGAGACCACUUUCGUGGAAAGCAAAGAGGCCCCAUCUGAAGGUCCUGACGGGUGCGACACACAGGGAUCAUGCCUGGUAGAGAGUGACAUCCGCAUCCAGACUGUGUCUUACGAGGUGGAGGAGGAGGAACUCCAGGAAUAUGAGAGCGACUCCUCCAGCGACAGCGAAAGCGAGGACCAUUUCCUGAUGCUUCCCCCCCGGGACCACCUGGGYCUGGCCCUGUUCUCCAUGCUGUGCUGCUUCUGGCCCCUGGGCAUCGCUGCCUUUUACUUCUCCCAAGGGACCAGUAAGGCUGUCUCCAAAGGAGAUUUCCACCUGGCCAGCUCAGCUUCCCGGCGAGCUCUCUUCCUGGCUGCGCUCUCCAUAACCAUCGGCACGGGAGUGUACGUUGGGGUUGUCGUAGCAUUGAUCGCUUAUCUCUCCAAAGGGGGCCAUGUUUAGCUGCCACCUACACCUCAAUGCCAUCCCCAGCAGCCAGCUCUCCUGGGAUCGAGCCUUCCUGUGGAGCACAGGACACCAAUAAUUGCAAGGGCUACUUGCACAGGAAGAUCCAGGCUUGGAUGCGCUGCACAGGCUCUUUCCCCUUUCAGACAAACAGUAGACCAACCCCUGUUCUCUCCGAGGCUGUGGAUGUCAACCACCAUCAGGAAAGUCAACACCAACCUGGGUGCUGGGACCAGGAGGAGCAUGUUUCCCUCAUGGAAGAGAUGCAAGAGUGAUGUGCCAYACUGCUGCUUGCCUGGUGCCACCACAACCACCACCACCACCAAGGCACCAGCUUCCUUUCCCAGGCCUGCAGCAGAGAGAUCCACCAAUUAUUUCCCAGGUUUCACCCUUGAAGGAGGCAUGAAGGGAGAAAAGGGGAUAUAACGCUGGGGAAUCAUCACUCUUUCUUCUGAGAGACCAGGGUCAUGGCAUGGUUUGAAGACCUCUGAGGACAACAUUGUCAUUUGAGUACCAUGGGGACGUACCUGGCCSUCCAGCUGCAGUGGAGCAGGAGGGCACAGCAUGGACACAAUUCAAGGGCAYGCUCUGGGGUGCUCUCAGCAUCUACUCUGCAGAGACACUCCAGAUCCAAGGUAGCCAGGAGCUGUCCCUGCUGCUAGAGCGGUCAUUUGCCCCUUCCAGAUAAGAAACAAGGAGAACCACAGUCUGGUGGUUGUGCACGGUCACUUGACUUGUUCAAGCUUGUUUAAGGGAAAGACAAGGCUUCCUCAAUCGACAAUAAUGACAAUCAUGAUAAUUGCAACUUGGAGCCCCACUAAGGUUGUCCUCCCAUGGUGCUUGGCCCUUCAAAAGACUUGCAGUGGGAAUUUCUACCCAAGAAGCAACCAAAGAGGGGCAGGAGAGGGAGGAUGGGAGGGAAAUAGGGAACUCCAGAUCCAACAGGUUUGAGAAACAUGAGCCCAGUCACCACCACUACCAGCCAAUCGCUGGGGAGAAAAGGGUUGUUCUGCCACAUCUUCUCCUUCCCCAGAAGCGAAGGACACCUCUCUCACCACUAGCUCAGUGGCCUGCACACAGAGAGGAUGGGUAGGAGAGGCUGCUUGCAAGGGGACCAAAUCCAGAGAGGGGGAAGGCUUGGAGUGAGCACAACAAGACAUGAGGGUGACCCCCAGGAUAMACCUCUCC